AAUACACGUAAGAAAUUCAUUUACAACUAUCAAUGUUUAAAUGAUUUCAAUAAAUCAACAAUCUCCAAUGAUGUAUAAUAUUUAAGAAAGAAAAAGACUAUAUUUUACAUGAACUAUAUAAAUAAUCAUUCCUAUAUUCACUUUCCACGGCAUUUAUUAUAAAAAAAAAAUGUUUAAUAUGAAAUUUUUAGUGAAUUUUAUGUUCUGCAAUUUAAUUUUUUCUAAGCCUCAAAUCAAUUUUCACUACACAGAUGUAGAAAGUGAAAAUAAAAUCAGAUUACGAUGUAAUUGUUUACAUAUUACAUUGAUUGGUAAAAUUGGUAUGAACCGUGAAUUUAAAACUUAUUGUAUGAAUGAAUUGACAUCGAAACUUUCUAUUAAGAACAAUAGUACCUUUCAAAAGUUUACCUUUGGCGAGCUAGCUAAACAAAAUAUUACUAGUCAACAAUUAUACCUUUGGUCAGCACCAGUCGAUGUAGCUGAGCGUUAUCAAUGAUAAAUCUUUGGAAACACAAACCUACUAUAAUUGUACAUUUCCAAAAUUUGGAUCCAUGUGCCAAUAUAAGCUUUAUUUGAAUCCUAGACGUUAUUUAUAUAUCGACGAAGCGAUUGAACGCUUUAUUAAAGAUUAUACACUUACUAAACGACCUUCGACUUGUUAUAUGCAUUUAUCAUGUAAUCAUGGUCCUACACCAAUAUGUCUAGAUUGGAGAGAAGUUUGUGAUGGACAAAUGGAUUGUAUCAAUAGCAAAAUUGACGAAGAAAAUUGUUGGCAACUUGAAAUAAAUGCAUGUAAUGAUAAUGAAUAG